AGAGAGAGUGUGUGUGUGUUCGGUGUAGGGGACUUUUUUUGGGUCAACAAAAAAAAACCCAGACUGUAUAACCAAAUUAACAACGACACCGGUCUCUACUCUGGUCGAGUAAAUUGAUUAGCUCAAAACAGAUCGUCCAAAAAGGCCAAAGAAACCGAAGCCCUCCAUUUCGACCCUCCUCUCAUGCUCCGAGCAUUGCUGUUUCUGCUUUUCGUUUCCAGCAACUUUAGCAGGUAUUGGAAGAAUUAUUUCGGACUUCAGUUUGACGUAUAGGGAAUUGGGUUUCUUUAUUUUGUGGCAUUAGUCAAGUUACAUUAACUUCUGAGAUUUAGGCUGUUGUGCAAUGGCAACGUCUAUAUCCCCAUAUUUUAAGCCUUUCGAUACUCGAGGCCCAAUGGGUGUACUAACUGUUCUUGGAGGGAGAGUAUUGAUGGAGAAUAAUCACUUGGGAAGAGUAAGCUCCCUGAAGGUGUUUGAGGAAAAUAAUGGGUUGUCAGGUGUUAACCAAAAGGUUGCUUCAAAUUGGGCUCAGAUUAAAUGUUCAGCCAACUCUCACAGUGUCAAUCAGUAUCAUAAUAAAGACCCAUUUCUGAAUUUACACCCAGAAAUUUCAAUGCUUAGAGGUGGAGAGGGGAACAACACGGUGCCUAAUCCGAGGCAGGAUAGUGCAAGUGGGAGUGUCACCGAGAGCUUAAGAGAUUCGUCGAGUUCAAGUAAUUACAAUGAGGCUAGGAUAAAGGUUAUUGGUGUUGGAGGCGGUGGGUCAAAUGCAGUUAAUCGUAUGAUAGAGAGUUCUAUGAAGGGUGUGGAGUUCUGGAUUGUUAAUACUGAUAUUCAAGCGAUGAAAAUGUCACCUGUGUUUCCUGAGCAUCGGUUACAGAUUGGUCAAGAGCUUACCAGGGGACUUGGCGCUGGUGGGAACCCAGAUAUUGGCACGAAUGCUGCGAAAGAAAGCAAAGAAGCCAUAGAGGAUGCAGUUUAUGGUGCAGACAUGGUCUUUGUGACUGUAAGAUCAGCUAUUAAUUUCCAGCAUAAAUUGUCUGGAAUGGGUGGAGGAACGGGCACUGGUGGGGCUCCUGUAAUUGCAGGGAUUGCAAAGUCAAUGGGUAUCUUGACUGUUGGUAUUGUAACAACACCCUUUUCUUUUGAGGGACGACGGAGAGCAGUUCAAGCCCAAGAAGGAAUUGCAGCUCUGAGAGAAAAUGUUGACACCCUGAUUGUCAUUCCAAACGACAAGUUACUAACUGCAGUGUCCCCAUCUACUCCAGUAACAGAAGCAUUUAACCUGGCUGAUGAUAUUCUUCGACAAGGGGUUCGUGGUAUCUCUGAUAUAAUUACGGUAUGA